CUUCUCUAUAUUUCUUUCUUCCGAACACACUUGGAAGCAAAGGGAAUGGAAAAAUACCCGGUUCAAUAUAAAAACAUAACCGCAAAAAAUCUAAUUCCAAUAACCGCCAUGUCUCAAACCCUACCAAAACCCUGCAAAAAUAUGAAUGCCACUUACCCUGUUCACCAGUUCUACAUUUCUCUUUCUUGCUAAUCAAGACAUAAUUCCAUCAAAUAAUAAAAACCCAAUUCAAUUAGACGAAACCCCUUUUCAAAAUCGAGUAUCUAACCUCUUCAACACUUAAAAUUGUUAAGCUUAAAUCUUUAAGCUUUAACAAUGGCAGCUGCAAAAGCAUGUGCGGCUGGUUUGAUGUCCGCCAUAGCUACUGCAACUUUGGGUAUCGAUGUCGCUUAUGCUGAUUCCCCUUUAAAAAUACCCUCGUUUUCAAACUAUCCUCCUCAAGAAGCCGCUGAAAAACCCACCGCAGCGCCGCUGGAGCCGGAGAAGCCGGCUAGGCCGAGAAAUGAUAACCCUAGAACUACAUCUGCGGGAUUCAAUACUGAUGAUUUGGUUUAUGGUGUGAAUUUGUUGAAGGAUAUUGAAAAGUCUGGUCAUGCCAAAGAGGUUUUUAAGGUAACAAUGGAGCAUGAAAAAACAAAGAAGGAAGAAACAAAAGUGAAGUUGCAAGAAGCAAAAGCACAGGAAGCUUAUUUUCAGAAUGACAAGCAGAAGCUGGCAUAUAAAGCUCAGGAGGAACUAACAAAGUUGGCGGCGGAAAUCAAAAGCAAGUUGGCCAAGUAUAAUGACGAACUGAAGAGAAAAAGGCUAAUGGCAGAGAAUGAGUACCAAAGACAACGAAAUAGAGAGCUUGUGGAGAUGCAAGAACAGAUGAAUACGAGAUUGGAAGCUGCUAAGCGAGCAACCGAAGAGGAGAUUCAAACACUGCGUCGUCAAACUGAACGAGAAAAGGCUGAAUAUGAACGUGAAACCAUCAGAGUUAAGGCAAUAGCAGACGCUGAAGGGAGAGCCCUUGAGAAAAAAUUAGCCGAGGAGGUCAAUAGACGUAUGCUUAAGGAUCGUGUCAAUGCUGAGAGGGAGAAAUGGGUUUCAGCUAUAAAUACUACAUUUGAUCAUAUUGGAGGUGGUUUGCGAACUAUAUUAACGGAUACAGAUAAGCUUGUUGUAGCUGUUGGUGGGUUUACUGCUCUCGCCCUCGGCAUAUACACCACAAGAGAAGGAGCUAAAGUAAUGUGGAGUCAUAUAGACAGGAUAUUGGGACAGCCAUCAUUGAUUCGAGAGUCUUCUAGAGGAAAAUAUCCGUGGUCUAAUGUCUUUUCUCGUGCCACUGGUUUGCUUCGCUCUAAAGGAGAGACUCUUUCCAAGAAUGGAAAUGGUUUCGGAGAUGUUGUAUUGCACUCCACUCUCCUGAAGAGAAUCCAGCUGCUUGCUUCUGCUACUGCACAUACAAAAGCUCAUAGAGCACCAUUCCGCAAUAUGCUUUUCUAUGGCCCUCCAGGAACAGGGAAAACAAUGGCUGCACGAGAGCUAGCUAAGAAAUCUGGUUUGGACUAUGCAUUGAUGACGGGUGGCGAUGUUGCACCACUAGGUGCACAAGCAGUUACGAAGAUACACCAGAUGUUUGACUGGGCAAAGAAGUCCGAUAGAGGUUUGCUUCUAUUUAUUGAUGAAGCCGAUGCCUUCCUUUGCGAACGAAACAAAACAUACAUGAGUGAAGCGCAAAGGAGUGCAUUAAAUGCCCUGCUGUUCCGAACAGGGGACCAGUCUAAGGACAUAGUCCUAGCCCUUGCCACGAACCGUCCUGGAGAUCUUGAUUCAGCCGUGGCUGAUCGAAUUGAUGAAGUCCUGGAGUUCCCGUUGCCUGGGGAGGAUGAAAGAUACAAGAUAGUGAAACUUUAUCUUGAUAAAUAUAUAUCGCAAGCCGGAUCUCAAAAACCCGGGUUUAUUUCACGCUUAUUUAAUAAACAGCAGCACAUGAUUGAAACGAAAGGAUUGACAGAUGAACUUUUAAGAGAGGCUGCUGCUAAAACCGUAGGUUUUUCAGGUAGAGAGAUAGCCAAACUAAUGGCAAGCGUUCAAGCAGCUGUUUAUGGUACUAAAAACUGCAUUCUCGAUCCUCAGUUGUUUCACGAGGUUGUCGAUUACAAGGUUGCUGAACACCAACAGCGAAGGAUGUUGGCUGGAGCUAACGAAAGUAGCCCAUUGAAUUUAAGUAUGGCUUAAUGAAUAUUGGUUGAGUUGAUCGAUUAUCUCUAGUUAUUUUCGCGACGGUGAAGAGCAAGUUAAGCAUGGGAAGGAUUCCUCUAAAACUCGCGGCAAUUUAUGUUUAUCAUUAUUUAACCCCUAUUACCUGGAGAAAUUUUGGUGUGAAGUUUGACAUUCAUAGCGGCUAAUUCAUUGACGUUUUGUACAAUAAAAUCUAUUUUGAUUCAGAAUCGAAAGCGAAACUCUUGACUAUACUAAGGGCUGUUCGUUUUUCUACGUGUUACGAAUGCACAAUUGAAAUCUAUUUCCAUUGUAAACACCUUUUGAAGGAAUUGAAUUGAAUUUUGUUGCAGAUCCUACUGUAAAAUUUAGUUGAAUUUUCUUGUUCAUCCUGGUGCUAGAUUCUAGCAUUUUCGGGAUCGGAAUGUGGUAUGAAGGUAUCAAGUAUGUUGAUCAUA